AUGGGACUAAAUCUAUUGAAUGUCAGCUCUGGAAGCUUGCUGAUAGCUCUGGGAAGUCACUUUGCAUUCCGGCACAAGGAGCCCACAGUACCUCAAUUCUUGAGUUUUGUCACGGCACUCCAAGUGAUACUGUGCUUUCUGUGGCGAACGAGCUCGGAUUUGAAUGACUUAGGUCUGAUCAGUUUGGUGUCUACCUUCAACAUUUGCUAUUUUGCAGGGCUGGGCUCAAGUAUCGCUAUCUACAGGCUAUUUUUCCAUCCUCUGCGGAAGUAUCCAGGCCCUGUUCUCGGGAAACUGAGCAAGUUUCAUUUCUCGUAUAUCUGUGGGACCGGCAACAGCCACAGAUAUCUCGAGAGUUUGCAUCAAAAGUAUGGAGACAUUGUUCGAUACGGUCCAAAUGAGCUAUCAUUCAUCAACCCCGACGAUGUGACCUUUAUCCAUGGGGCUCAAUCAUUCAACCUUCGUCGCGGGCCAUGGUACGAUGGCAAUCCUGGAAGAGCAGGUCAUAACACUCUGGUUAUGGCGAGCACGCGUAAUGUGGAGAACCACAAAGUUCGGCGGAGGAUCUGGGAUAAAGCGUUCACCGCGAACGCUUUGAAGUCUUACGAAUCAAGGAUCAUUCUGUUGACCGAUCGAUUGAUCAAACAUUGUGAGGAUAACAGUGGAAGGAUCAUCGACAUCAGCGCUGACAUUGACCACUUUUCAUUCGAUAUAAUGGGUGAUCUUGGUUUUGGGGAGGAUUUCGGCAUGAUUGAGGGGACCAAUGAGGAGUCCCUGAAGUGGGCAGGUCUCCUGCACAGCUAUAUGCGCAUGCUCUCCAUCAUUCGGCCCGUGCCAUGGUUCAAGGAGCUCUACAAGUGGCUGCCUAUCGAUCGCGAGCGCAAAAGGAACGGCCUAGACUUUGUUCGAUUCACGGCAAAAAGGUUUGAAGCGCGUUACCAGAGGGGACAAGCAGCUGGAGGCGACAUUUUCGAGUACCUGCUACAGCCUGAUCCCAAGUCCGGACUUCAGUUGAACAAAUCCCAGGUUGCCGAGGAAGCCAUUGUCGUGGUUGUUGGGGGGAGUGACACGAGCAGCAUAUGUAUGACCUUUGCGUUGUACUAUCUGCUGGUGAACCCUGACAAAUACAAAAGGGCCCAAGAGGAGGUGGACUCACUCUGGGACGGAGUGAGUGAGGACCUCGAUGGACAGCAAUUGGUUCCUGCAAGGGCGCCUUACUUGAACGCAAUCAUCAAUGAGUCGUUGCGCCUCGCAGAGCCAGAUCCAAAUGGGAACCAGCGCUCGACGCCAAAGGGCGGCGCCAUGGUCAACGGAAUGUUCAUUCCCGAAUCCACACAGCUGAGCAUCCACAAGUGGACAAUGCAACGAAGUGAGAGAAACUUCACCAAUGCACUAGAGUUUCUGCCAGAGAGAUGGAUAGACGAGGAGCGAGAGGCGCAUGGUAUCCGCAAUCAUAACACCAAAGCCUAUAUUCCUUUUGGUGCUGGUGUAUACAGCUGCGUCGGCAAGCCUCUUGCACUCCUCGAAAUGCGUCUUUUUCUUACGCGGUUUAUGAGAAAGCUAGAGCUGGAGCCUGCGCGAAACUACGACCUCGAGCGCUAUCCCUGGGAGGUCACCUCGAGCUUGACCUUGAUGAAAGCUGCUUUGCCGGUGUUGGUCAGAAAGCGAGUGGCAUGA